AUGAAAAAACAGAGCUGGAACCCAAGUGCAAGCCCAAACUACAUAGGAGUCCGCAAGCGAAAAUGGGGCCGGUGGGUGUCCGAAAUACGCGAGCCCGGGAGAAAGUCGAGGAUUUGGUUGGGAAGUUUCGACACGGCCGAGAUGGCGGCUGCAGCCUACGAUGCAGCCGCAUUCCACCUCAAGGGCUCCCGGGCCCGGCUCAAUUUCCCGGGCCUGGCCAAUCGCCUCCCCAGGCCCGCUGGGAAUGGGCCUGAAGAUAUCCGCCAGGCAGCCCAACAGGCGGCCGAGCAGCUUGUUGUCGGACAACAGAGCCGCUCAUGUGGCGCUGACAGUAAUUGUUUGCCGACGAGGGUCGAGCUUUCCCCGGCCGAUAUCCGAGCCAUAAACGAGUCACCUCUUGACUCGCCGUGCGCAUGGAUGGAGUUGGCGGGCUCGUCUGUCAGGGCCGGGGAGCCUGGGAUUGAGAGGGAAGAGGAUUGUGAUGAAAUGGAAUCUUCUUAUUCCAUAUGGGAUUGA